UUGCCGAUCGAUUGUUUAUCCAUCACUGGGGACGCCACCGGUUGCAGAUUCCAUUCAUUGAUUCAAUUGUGUGUUGGCUAAAACGCAUUUGGGGUGGAAAGCAACAUAAACUAUAUUCGGUUAUCAUUAUGUAAUUUUAUUUAAACGAGUGGAUAUUUUUCAUUCAAUAAAAAUGUCUGGAUUCAACACAUCAACUCGUAAAGAAGAUAUUUCAGUACGACUCCGUGCACAAAACCUUAAACAUGCAAGAGACCAAACUAAACGCCUAGAAGAAGAUAAUCGCAAAAUGGAGGAGCGACUAAGAGAAUUGAAGACUGCAAUGAAUAGAGAAAAAGAAGACAGAGAAAGAAAAGGAGGAGGCUUCUGGAGCAAAGGUCAGACCAAUAGUGGAUCCCUGACAAACUAUGCAUCAGAAGUUUUGAAACCUAAAGCUGACAAGCCCGCUGGUGAAGGGAAGAAGAAAAGGGUUGUGAAAAUCUUGCAGGAUGAACCUAUAGAUAUACCGAAGAGGCCAAAUCACCCUGGAACAAUGAAUUAUAUUGCUCAGAGAAAACCUCCCACAAACACAGCAGCAAAAGAUAAACUCAAAGGUCCAAAAUGUGGCCAGUGUGAAGAUAGGACUGCCACUUUAACUUGUGUUCAGUGCUCUGAAAUAUUCUGCUUUGGAUGUUUUUCUGCUUUCCACUUGAAGGGAGCCCUGAAGCAGCAUCGCAGUGUUCCACUCAGUGCAUCAGGGCCAAGAAUUUCAAUGUCCCCACGUUUGAAUAUGGACAGCAGUUCCCAGCAAGGAAGCCAUGCAAGUGGUUCCAUAGUGUCUUACUCUGCAUCUGUUGCCAACAAUGAAUCCGGAGCCGCACAGGCUUCAGUCCACAUCUCUGACAGCUCACUGCUGCAAGGAAAUUAUGACGAGUCCCAGAGUGCUGCCUCGUUCCAACAAGCAUUGAUGGCCUGGAGACAAGGAGAACCAUCUAACUCUUACUCCCCUAAUGCUAACUCACCUAACCGUGCUGUUUCUCCUGUCAUCUUACCAGUGAGGACGCUGGAUGAGUCAACAGGAACCACACAACAAAACAAUGUUCCAGAAAUUAAAUUCAAAUCCACUUUGUCGUACGCUGAGAGACUCAUGCUGAAAAAGCACCGGAGGACUGAACUGGCUGAAACGUUUGCACCACAACCUCCCCAGUGGUCUGGAGGCUCUGCUCAACAGUUUCACUCGUCCAGCCCGUCUAGUUCCUCUAGAGCCUUGUCAGCAGGGAGAAACCACAACUCUGCUUCCCUGAGCAGGGAAGGAACCCUCAAUGAUGAGGGAGAAAGAGUAGAUUUCCAGUCCCUGUUUGAAGCUGUAGUCCCCUCUCCUGACCCCCCAGUCAUGUCCGCAUCACCAAAUGUCACUGUGACCCCCCUGUCCAGCACUGCAGACAGUAUGAAGCCAGACAAAAAAACAGCAUUAGACUCAUCCUACAUAGUGAGAGAGGCUUCACCACUGGAAUCCUGGCAUUUAGAAAACAAUAUCGCAAGAGAAUCUAGAGACAGCCAUAAAAAUUCAAAGCAUUUAAAAACAUCCCAGACAAAGUCCACACCUCGCAAAAAGCAGGAAAAAAUAUCACAGCUGUUCCAGUCUGACCCCGAACCAGAGCCGUUUAAAACAACUUCAGUUGAGGAGAGCUCCAAACUUGGGGAGAGUUCUGUGGGGCCCCUGAGUGACAAGAAUGAUGCCGCAAACGCCUCUGUUGAUGGAGCUGAGAAAGAUAAAACUAGACUGAAGCCACCAGUGGAACAACAAACUAAACCAAAGCCAGAAAAAACAAAAUCUAGACCAGUUUCUAGAGCUCAGAGUCGAGCAGCAUCAAAAAUAGAAUUCCAUGGUCUGCUCACCAAAGCCCCAAGUGAAGCCCUAAAACACAUUUCCCAACUGGCACCGACUCUUGAAGGUUCCAGUGUCUACCAGUCUCCAAUGGAAGGCUUUUUCUUAGCUGGAGUUGAGUCCGAAGGACCUCCAUCCAGCAGAAAAAGUAGUCCAUCAAAAAUGGAUAAAAAUGGGUCACGUCCAGCCAGUAAAAUAGGGUCACGGCCUGCAAGUAGAGUAGAUAAACCCUCUAUCACAGUGAGCAACAGGUUAUACCAAAUGGCGCCCCGGUCAUGGCGACCUGAGAGCAGUCUGGGAGAAACAAUUCCAUUGAAUGAGGUGAAACCCGCCAUGUUGGAAGAGAUGGUUUUGUCUUACUCCUACAGUGGCCAGAUCAGUGGUCAAGCUGUCCAGUGCAGUCCAUCUUCUAGUCAAAGCAGAUCUCAGACAGGCCUGGAGAGCCAGUACAAUCCUCUGCUAGUUUUUGGAGAUGAAAUGUUCAUUGAAGUAGCUGCCCUGCAAACAUCAAAAGAACAGGCCACGCCCAAAACUGAUGACAGCCAGCUAGACAGAGGGGAUUCAAACAGAAUUAAGCCACUCCGACAGAGCAGCGCAACAACUCCAACACUUUCUGCCUCCCGACGAAGUAGAACCCAGCUCACCUCUUCCCCAGCUGGUAGCGUUGACUCUAACACUCCCUCAACCAAAUCAUCUGUUUUAUCGAAAUCUAAAAAUCAAUCUCCGUCUCCAGCACCUCCUCAACCAAAAGAUUCAAAAACUAAACUUGUGUCCAAAGACCAGAAAAAUUCUGUGAAUUCUAAAUCUCUGGAUAGUAAAGAUUCACCUGCAUUGAUACAGUCAGCUGGUGAAGCUUUGAAGUUAGAAUCUAGUAAAAUUCAACUCAAUAAAUCCAAGCAGUCUAAAACUGGAGAAAAUGCCACGCAGAAAGAAGCCACAUCUUCACGUCAAAAUGUUCAGAAUUCCAAGUCGGAUAUCUCCCAUGUAAAAUCCUUGUCAUCCAAAGUGGCAACUAGCAGUUCUGUUAAACAGGAAAACAAUGUUUUGAAGCGACAACAGUCUGAUGCAGCACCCCAGCGUAGACCAGUGAGUUCAGUUGUUCAACCUCUAGGCCAGUCUAACAAGGGGCCAGUCCGACCUAACAGUACAACAGGUACUUCAGGUGCAUUGAAGAAAACCCAACAGUCCCUGCAGUCUCUGGACACAGAGGAUACGAUCAUUUCAGACGUCAUGAUGUCUCGCGUCCAAGAAGACGGCUGGGUGGCUGAUGACGACGGUGAUGAGAGUGAUGUUGGAUUUGAUUACGAUGAUGGGGAUGACAUCACCCCGGUUUACAGGAAGUUUUACCAGAAACAAAUGUUUGAAACGGACUCUGAGAAAAACCACCCGGACUGGGAGACCGAAGUCCGACCAUUCAGUGGGCUGAGCUCUAGAACUGAUCUCACACCAAGCAACGACAACAAGUUGAAGAGGCCUUUCAGUUCUCGAGCCUCAGGGAGGGAGUCCAGAGCAGUUGUUGUGGAUGGUGAGGACUUGAGUUUUUAUGAUGAUGUGGGCUUGGCAGAACAACAAGACAUGGAGGAUAAACAGGCACUGGACCAGCUUGAGUGGGAACUGGCAUCUGAUACUGGCAGACUUACAGCUGAUGGCAAGGUCUCAAGGAUGAGUAUAAUAGAUGACAAUGAACCCGUAUCAAAACCAAGCAAAUACUCAGUGAAGCAAAAUGCUGAUAAAGACUAUGAUCUGGCAGAGAAAUUAAGAGAAGAUGAAACAAAUGCAGAAAGAGAAGUAGAUGCACUGUCAUUCAGCAGAAACGCUACUGUAGAUGAGGAUGAAGUUAGGGCAUUGAGAUAAGGGGCAGCAUCUGCCAACUGUGACGGUUGUUUGACAAAUAUUUCUUAAUGUCAUCAGUUUUGCUGACUGGGGGGAUUUACAGAUUUCAGUCACAUGUAUCUCAGAAAUGAAUCUUGACAGUUACCAUUCAAUUAUUUUGUUAAAUUUCCGCUCUCAGUUUUGUAUUGUUAUGUAACAAAGUUCUCAAAACAUCUAAGAAUAUUUAGGCAUCUGUGCAAAAGUUAAAAAAAAAACAGAAUCCACAAGAAAAAAACAUUUUUGUGCUAUAACUGUCUCAGAGGUUUAAACCAUCGACUUUUCAUUGUUUUUUUAAGAAUUUAAUGUUACAUAUAAUUUUUAAAAAUUAAAAUUUACAACCUUUUAUUUGAAAUGUUUAUUUAAGAUAAAAACAAUUUAUUUUAAUGCUCUAUACAAUAACAAUUUAUAUUAUGCUAUUUUACUAUUUUAAGCAAUGUUAAUAAUUAAUUUACCAAUAAUUUAAAUAAUUGAUUAUUUAAAAUUUUCAAAAACUCAACCUCACAAAAAAUAUUAGUUUGUAUCAGACUACAUAUGUGGUGUAGUAAGGCAUCCAAUUUUUAAAAGUAUUAACAUUAAAUAUAAACAUAAUAUUAUAUGAAUUGAUAAUAAAUAUAAAAUAAUAUUUCAAUUUAUUUUUUGACCUUUAACUGGUAUAAUUAUCUAUUAAAUAACAUAAUUAAACUAUUUAAUACAUACCAAGGAAAGGUAGCUCCCAAAAUAACAAUGUAUACAUAUUUUAAUUUAUAUAACUUUGGUUAAAUUCCCAGUAUUAAACUUGUAAAUAAUAUUUUAUACUUAUUGAUAUAUAUGUUUACAAACAUGUUGUGUCUACUAGACUCCAGCCUCUGUACCUAGUGCUACAAGACAAAUUUUUAGAGAUGAUUUCAAUUAUAAUGCAAACUUGAAUUAAUUAAUUGAUAAGCAAUUGCAGACUUCAGCACACUUUAUCCUUGCUAAGAAUGUAUAGAUGGUAUGAUUGGGUUUUAUAUAGUUGGCUUAUAUAAAAUGUGUCAAUAUGUGUCUCCUGUACACUUUUUAUUAAACAAAACACAGGCACAUGAGCUACUGCUAGACCAUUUUUUAUAAUCAAAAUACCCACCAUAACUGGUUGGUAGUACUCUUCUGUGAUAAAAUACCAGGUUGUUCAGUUUUAGUUAGUUUUAUUUUUAAACAAAUGUGAUAAUUUUUUUUACAAUAAAACUAGUCCAAUACUGUAAUUUAAAAACCAUUUUGAAACCACAAGUCACACAGGAAUAAUUGAAUGCAAGCAUCAAAUCUCACAAUCUAUUGUUAAACAAGAGGUAGAUUUGGAAUUUUUGGAAUCUGCUUAUUUUUGACUCAGUAAUUCUUAUGGGAAAAAGAAUGUAUUCAUCCACAAACAGAAACAAUUUCCCCAAUAUAUGUCCACUGUAAAAAUAGCCAGAAAUGAAAAAUGUUUGCUUAUAUAUAUAUAUAUAUAUAUAUAUAUAUAUAUAUAUAUAUAUAUAUAUAUA